CCGAGGCUGCGGCGUGGAGCUGCCUCCCGGCGGCCCGGGCCUGCCGAGCCCCGCCGGCGGCGAAGCGGGGAUUCUGCCUCCGCCGGGCCGGCUGCCGGGCGCCCCGGGGAGGCUGCGGGUGCCCGGGCCAUGGUCCAGUCUCGCCGGACCUGGAACCUGGGAGCCCCGCCCUCGCUGCGCGGCCUGUGGAGAGUGGGCCGGGCCCCGGAGGAGCCCGCGCGGGGGAUGGCCCGCCCCGCCCCAGCCAGCCCGGCCGCCCGCCCUUUCCCACACACCGGCCCGGGGAGGCUGAGAACUGGGCGUGGGAGAGACGCCCCGGCCGGCGGCGAUGAGGACUCCGGUGCCCGCAGCGGGGCACGCCCAGCCCUAGCCCAGUGCCGAGCCCUCAGCGUGGACCGCGCUGGCCCCGGGAGCCCCCGCAGGCUCUACCUGAGCGUGCAGAAAAGUUGGAAGGAUGCAUGCUUCUCCUCUCACCCGACCUCCCGGGGAGAGCCACUCUCGUUUCCCAGGUGUUUCUCCGAGCAGGCCCAGCAGGACAAGGGGUACAAGAACAAGAGUCAGGGGCCGAGAGAAGAGAAGCUGCUGAAGAGGCAGGCGCCGGCCCCCGGGCGGGACCGGGAGGCCCAGGACGCCGGUGGCGGCACCAUGAAUGUAGAGAAAGCAGGUGGGCGGCUCUUUGGCAGCGGGAGGUGCUCGAGCCUGCCGGGGCCGCCCGGUGCAGCCCCCGUGGUGCAUAGGAUGGUGGAGGCCAUGGCCCGGCUGCAGGAGGACAAAGCCCGGCUGCAGGAGGAGCUGGCAGCCCUGCGGGAGAGGCUGGCCCUCCGAGACCGUGACCAGCAAGCCACCUCCACCCAGCUGCAGAGCCAGGUGGAGAGCCUGAAGGAGAAGCUCAUCAGCCAGGCCCAGGAAGUGAGCCGCCUCCGAUCAGAGCUGGGAGGCACGGACCUGGAGAAGCACCGGGACCUGCUGAUGGUGGAGAAUGAGCAGCUGAGGCAGGAGAUGCGGCGCUGCGAGGCCGAGCUGCAGGAGCUGCGUGCAAAGCCGGCGGCCCCCUGCGCGGGCUGCGAGCACAGCCAGGAGAGCGCCCAGCUCCGGGACAGGCUGGCCCGGCUGCAGCUGGAGGUGGCGGAGAACAAAAGCGUGCUCUCCGAGCUGAACCUGGAGGUGCAGCAGAAGACCGACCGGCUGGCCGAGGUGGAGCUGCGGCUCAAGGACUGCCUGGCCGAGAAGGCGCAGGAGGAGGAGCGGCUCAGCCGGCGCCUGCGCGACAGCCACGAGACCAUCGCCAGCCUGCGGGCCCAGUCGCCGCCCGUCAAGUACGUCAUCAAGACGGUGGAGGUGGAGUCGCCCAAGACGAAGCAGGCCCUCAGCGAGUGCCAGACCCGGAACCAGCACCUGCAGGAGCAGGUGGCCAUGCAGAGACAGGUGCUGAAGGAGAUGGAGCAGCAGCUGCAGAGCUCGCACCAGCUGACCGCACAGCUGCGGGCACAGAUCGCCAUGUACGAGGCGGAGCUGGAGCGGGCGCACGGGCAGAUGCUGGAGGAGAUGCAGUCCCUGGAGGAGGACAAGAACCGGGCCAUCGAGGAGGCCUUCGCCAGGGCCCAGGUGGAGAUGAAGGCCGUGCACGAGAACCUGGCAGGCGUCCGGACCAACCUGCUGACGCUGCAGCCAGCGCUGCGGACCCUCACCAACGACUACAACGGGCUCAAGCGGCAGGUGCGCGGCUUCCCCCUGCUGCUGCAGGAGGCCCUCAGGGGCGUCAAGGCCGAGAUCGGCCAGGCCAUCGAGGAGGUCAACAGCAACAACCAGGAGCUGCUGCGCAAGUACCGCCGGGAGCUGCAGCUGCGCAAGAAAUGCCACAACGAGCUGGUGCGGCUGAAAGGCAACAUCCGGGUGAUUGCUCGUGUCCGGCCAGUCACCAAAGAGGACGGGGAAGGACCUGAGGCGACCAACGCAGUGACCUUCGAUCCCGACGAUGAUUCCAUCAUCCACCUGCUGCACAAAGGGAAGCCCGUGUCCUUCGAGCUGGACAAGGUCUUCUCCCCAAGGGCCUCCCAGCAGGACGUCUUCCAGGAGGUGCAGGCCCUGAUCACCUCCUGCAUCGACGGGUUCAAUGUCUGCAUCUUCGCCUACGGCCAGACGGGUGCUGGCAAGACGUACACGAUGGAGGGAACCCCUGAGAACCCAGGCAUCAACCAGCGGGCCCUGCAGCUGCUCUUCUCCGAGGUGCAGGAGAAGGCCUCCGACUGGGAGUUCACCAUCACCGUCAGCGCGGCCGAGAUCUACAACGAGGCCCUCAGGGACCUGUUGGGGCAGGAGCCCCAGGAGAAGCUGGAGAUCCGGCUGUGCCCCGACGGCAGCGGGCAGCUGUACGUGCCGGGGCUGACGGAGUUCCGGGUGCACAGCGUCGACGACAUCAACAAGGUGUUUGAGUUCGGCCACACCAACCGCACCACGGAGUUCACCAACCUGAACGAGCACAGCUCCCGCUCGCACGCCCUGCUCAUCGUGACGGUGCGCGGCGUGGACUGCAGCACCGGCCUCCGCACCACGGGGAAGCUGAACCUGGUGGACUUGGCCGGCUCGGAGCGCGUGGGCAAGUCGGGCGCCGAGGGCAGCCGCCUGCGGGAGGCGCAGCACAUCAACAAGUCGCUGUCGGCCCUGGGGGACGUCAUCGCCGCGCUGCGCUCCCGCCAGGGCCACGUGCCCUUCCGCAACUCCAAGCUCACCUACCUCCUGCAGGACUCGCUCAGCGGGGACAGCAAGACCCUCAUGGUGGUGCAGGUGUCCCCCGUGGAGAAGAACAGCAGCGAGACCCUCUACUCCCUCAAGUUUGCUGAGCGGGUGCGCUCUGUGGAGCUGGGCCCCGGGUCCCGCAGGGCAGAGCUGGGGUCCUGGUCCAGCCAAGAACAUCUGGAGUGGGAGCCGGCCUGCCAGACGCCACCCGCCUCAGCUCGAGCCCAUUCGGCCCCCGGCUCUGGGACCUCCAGCCGCCCGGGCUCCAUCCGGAGGAGGCUGCAGCCCUCGGAAAGGCCCAGCCGUGCUUGGGGUACACACACGGGCGGCAGGUCCUGGGGUCCUGGCCCGAGGCCAGCCCGCCAGUGAGACGCCUGUUGCUUUGAUUUCAGCCUGAGGCUGGGCUGCCGUCUCCGGGGAAGUCCAGGCCGCUGCCUGUGUGAUGGACGUGUCCGCCCUGCCGUGUCAGGGUCUGGGUCCCGAGGCCUCCCGGGCCUGCUCCCGCCGCAGCUGGGAGCCUCUCGUGUCUCCCGAGAUGAGAAACACGUUCCGAAGGCAGCGGUGUCUCUGGGCUGUGCUCUGGGUGCCAGCGCCGUGGGCUGGAAGGGCAGGGCGGCAGGCCCAGACCCCCCGAGAGUGGUCCGUCGUGGGGAGGGCAGCAGUGUUGGGAGGUGGCCCUCGCCCGGGCUGGCCCGCCUCUCCCAGCCUGCAGGGCGCCCUCUGCGGGGGUGGCUGAGGGGCCCCGGGAGGCACAGGGCCCGCCCCGGGCGUGGGUAUGGUGUUCGUUGUGUACAGAGCGCGGCCGCCUGCCGGGCCCACCGGCCGGGUCUUUAUGGCUGGCAGGAGGCCAGGGGGCGGGGACGCUGCUGCUCCCCCAUCCGCCUGGCACCAGGCUCUCUCCUUGCUCACUGGCCUCCUGACCAUUUGCUCCUCUGAAAGCCUAUGGAGGAACUUUGGGAAGCUUAGCCAUUUUUAAUAUUAAAAUAAAAGCCUUU